AUGGCGGCUGUCUUCGGCACCGCCCGCCCUGAUGCCACGGCUAUCCUCUGUUGCACCGCCCCCGACCUGUGGGCUGCCCACAUCGGACGCGCAUCUUCGAACCGGGCUGAUGAACUCAACAACGUCCCCGCCGCCUCGUCCAUCAUGUGCCUUCCCAGCUGUGGUGUGAGAUUCCCCUCGGGCGACCACGGCCUUGGCACAGGCCACGGGCGCGGCGAGCGAGAGAUCCGUGAGGCCAGCCUCUUUGUGCGUCCGUCCCAGGCCAGCGGAACUGUUCUAACAGUCGGCAGCGCCACGAGCCGUGCCAAGUACAGCGCGGCCUGCGACGACAUCGCCGCGACCAUUGCCGACUUCAGCGCCGCGAGCGGCCGGGUCGUUGGAACCGCGCAGAACGGAUCGGAACACGGCGUGCGCUCGCUGGGGUCUUGGAUGUGA